UCUGAGAUGUUGUUACCUGGAAGAUGGCUGCUCCUCCAACAGCCACAUCAUGAUGCCCAGGAAAAAAUGCAGAAAGAGAGAAAAAAACAGGGGAGAUGAGAAAUAAACCCUCCUGCCAGCAAUUGCAUUUCUCCACCAUACACAUUACACUGGCAAGACAGGAUCCCAGGAUACAACAGACAUCCAUUCUUGGAUUCCCAAUCAGCUAUGGACAGAGAUUACAUCGUGAGAGUCCGAGCAGUGGUGAUGUCCAGAGACGACUCUAGUGGCGGCUGGGUGCCUAUGGGAGGAGGAGGUCUUAGUCACGUAAUGAUUUGCAAGGUGCGACGACCAGACACCUCCCACCAACGAGACUACCUAAUUCGCGGGGAAAGGCUGAGAGAUCAGACUACUAUCCUGGAGUGUGUCCUGAAGAAGGGUCUAGUGUACAAUAAAGCCAAUCCCAUCUUCCAUCACUGGAAAGUAGAGGAGAACAAGUUCGGGCUGACCUUCCAGAGUCCGGCAGAUGCAGUGACGUUUGAGAAGAGUGUGCAGGCUGCUAUGGAAGAACUGGUGGAAGGUUCUUUGUCACAUUCAACAUCCUCAUCCUCCUCCUCCUCUCAGGAACAGGCGCGAGCAAUGGAAGAUGACAUGCCACUUCCUACAGAUAGCGAAUCAUCUUCUAACAGCCAGAAGGAAAUGUUACCAAAACACAUCACCAUCGUCACCAGCGAGUCAUCCUCCAGCUGCUACGUUCGCUCUCCUGUUUCCGAAGAGUUUGGGUUCAGCACUGGUCCAUCAGUCAGUCCAUCUGCACAGCCUUUGCAGCGUCUGUCUUUCCAUGAUGAGGAAGAACUUGAGAGCAUUAAUCCUUGCAAAGAUCUGUGGGUGUCGAAGGGAUAUGAAGACUACCGCCGUGCAGCUCUACAGCGGCCAGAGCAGCCCAAGUCGGACCUGCGAGUCCACUUCCAAAAAGCCACCGGGAGCAAAGCCAAGGACAGGCACUUUCCAGGAGCUGUGAGCACAACGACUACAGAAAGUGAGGGGCCGUUAAAGGACCCCAGUUCCUCCCCUUCUUGCAGGAUUCAUGGUACCCCUUCUCCUAAGUCUAAGGAACACUCUCAUAUGGCGGGGGACGAAGACACCGCCACUGCCCGUUGUGUGUAUUGCAGGGACGUUUUUACCAGUGAAGAGAAUGGCAGAGGGCAAUGCCAGGACGCUCCAGACCCUAUAGGGCGUUGUGUCUACCAGCUUUCCUGCAUGUGGUGUGCUGAGAGCUUACUAUACCACUGCAUGUCAGACUCAGAGGGCGAGUACUCGGACCCCUGCUCCUGUGACCCAGGGCACCCCCACUUCUGCAUACGCUGGGCUGCCCUAGUGGCAUUGUCUCUUGUGGUUCCCUGCAUGUGCUGCUACCUCCCACUACGGGCGUGCCACUGGUGCGGGGAACACUGUGGCUGCUGCGGGGGCAAGCAUAAAGCUGUGCGGUGAGAGGAGGAGAAAAGGGUGGAAGGAGGAAAAAGGUUUAAUGUUCCGUUUCCUGAAAGCCAGAAAAUAUUUAUAUGGCAGGAAUUGCACCAUUGUUUGCGAGUGUGCAGGUCAUAUGAGUGACCCGGCGAUAUGUGUAUUUCAGGCAGAUAGAGUUGCAAGUCAGUGACCUACCAAAAAACAAGGCAGGAGGGAACGCUAACAGUAACAGUUGCUUCUGACAAGAAUGUAUUACAGGGUGGGGGUUAAAGUCCACAGAAGACCAAACUAAGCUAAGGCCAGUCUGGAUCCAGUGUAAUCUAGAAGCCAAGUACUGAACAUUUUAUAGGGUUUACAUCACAUUUGUAUAAAUCAGCUACAAAUCUGAACAAACUAUGAAUACAGCUCAUAUAUCAACUGUUGGCGGCUACU